GUUUUUAACUAUAUAUACAACAUUGUACGGCACACUAUGUAGCGGCCAAUCUGUCUACAUGUAUGGUAUGCGUGGACCACCCGUUCCCGACAAUCAUAUUCAAACAUUACCGGAUAAUUGGUUUGACCAACGAGUCGAUCAUUUUAAUACUAGCGAUACCCGUACUUUCAAACAGCGAUACUUUAUAAACAAUAAAUAUUACAAAACGGGUGGACCAGUAUUUCUGUUGGUUGACGGCGAAAAUGAAGGCCAGGACUAUUUUAUAACAGCCGGUGCAUUGGCCGGGUAUGCCCAACGAUUUGGUGCAUUAGCUGUCGAUCUGGAGCACCGAUACUAUGGCCAAUCGCUGCCCACUGAGGAUCUAUCGAUCGGCAAUUUGCGAUACCUGACCGUCGGACAGGCCCUGAAAGAUACCGAACAGUUUAUCGGUUAUUUGAACCGAAAAUUAUCGCUGAAUAACAAUACUAAAUGGAUAGCAUUUGGCGGAUCGUAUGCGGGAAAUCUGGUCGCAUUUUUACGUGAGAAAUACCCGCACGCAGUGGCCGGUUCGGUGGCCAGUAGUGCACCGAUACAGAUGACCUAUGAUUUUAAUCAGUAUUAUCCGGCUGUUAGCCAAUCGUUGGGUACCGAGUGCUCCAAACAAGUCAGAGAAGCGUUUCAACUGGUAGUGGAUCAGCUGAAGACACCCGACGGCUGGCUGGCCAUCGGCAAAGAGUUCAAAUUGUGUACACCAUUGAACGGUACUGAUCGGGAUUCUGUCUACCGAUUCAUGUUGAGUCUGAUGGAACCGUUUGCCAUUUCGGCCCAAUAUGAUGGCCGUUCACCAAUGGGUGUCCACCGAGUUUGCUCAUUGAUGAUGACCACCGAUAAUAGAACCGAUAAUGGAUCCAAAUCAUCACCAGUUGAUAGGUUAGCCCAAGUGAUGACUGAGUAUAGGAAAGGCAAUUGUAUUGACUAUGAAUACAAUAAACUAAUUAAUGUAUUGAAAGAUAUUAAGCCAUCGCCUCAAGCAAUGUUUCGCCAAUGGUUUUACCAAAUGUGUACAGAGUUUGGCUACUUUCAGACAACUGAUCACUCGGAUAGUCCAUUUGGACAUAACGUUCCCAUUGAUCAUUAUGUUAAGAUAUGUUCGGACGCUUAUGGCAAACAGUUUACCCCGGAUGUCAUACGGAAAUCAGUGGACAGGUUUAACCAGUAUUACGGUGGCGCCAAACCUGAAAACAUUACAAACGUUGUGUUUACUAACGGUGCUGUCGAUCCGUGGCAUGUACUGAGUGUAUUGACGGAUCUGAAUCCGACUACCCGUGCUAUUUAUAUGAAUAGUACAUCACAUGGUGCCGAAAUGUUGCAACCGUUACCCACUGACCCACAGGAGCUGACCGAUGCCCGGCUGGCCAUUGAAAAACAGUUGCAAUUGUUUUUGCAAUAAAAUUAUAUAAUAUUAUAAUAAUAAUAAUA